AUGCAAAAAAUAGAACCAACUGAUAACAAUGAAGCACAAUCAGAAAGUCGUUUAUCAGAUGCUGAAACUAUAGCUAAAGCAUUUGCUCAGUUAUAUGCCCGAAACAGCUUCCGAAACUCAAAGCAUUCUAUAAUGCGGAACCCUUCAGCAGCUGAUCCUACAAUUGUUAUUGUGAAAAAUCCACAUUAUCUUUUACUCAUUUCAGAAACAUUCAUGGAGGCUCGUGCUGCUUUAUGUCGAUCAGGAAUUACAAAUUUGCCCUCUCAAAGUCCUAUAAAAGUAGAUGAACCUUCAAUUCCUCCUGUUUCAGCCCCCCUCCAUCUUCAAUUCCACCAGGAGCCAACAAUCGUUACUUCAAUGCCACCUGUAACGGUGCCUAUACUUGCACCAUCAUUCCAACAUGUGCCACCUGUCCCACGUCCUACACCACCCAUGCAAAUGUCAUCACCAUUAUCAGUUUCACAAGAUAUGUUAUCAAGUAAUGAUGGAAUCCAAGAUAUGUGA